AUGUCAAAUCCAAAGAAUACUAUACGUCAAAACACUCCCGUAAAGGAUCAGCGAACGGCAACUGAAUAUAGACUGUCAAUUUCCAGUACGCCAGGCUCACGUCGAACAUCGUUGGGUACAGCCAACACAGCCGAGGGCUCAGAGACGGACAAUGCGGUGAUAACUUAUUUCUUGCCUCAAUUUAGAGAGCUCACAGACGCUGUGAUUACUUUGGAUAGUAAUUUCACGCAGAUGAACUUUAUACACGAAAGCCUUGUUGAUCUGAACGAAUCGGUCAGUGCGCUGCUAUAUGGGCUUAUGUGCAAUUCGUGGUGUGUGGACUUCCCCAACAUGCCGCACGACACGCAGGCGGAGAUCAAGUUCAAGCAGGCGCUGCACAGUCUCGAAAAGGAAAAACAGCACCUUUCAGCGCAGAUAGCGCUCCAAGAGGAUCAAGAUCAGGUGUCACAAGCUACCACUACUACUACAAACAAUAAGCGGGGUGCAGCUCGACAGCGAUCCGAGCUCGUGAGGCUCGCACCGAGAACGCUCUCUCCACCGCGAAACUCAGAGUCCUAUGGCCACGCUGCAACUCCGAUUCCAGAAUCGGACUACGUCAACGACGAAGACAACACUGAUGCAUCCUUCAUUUCCAACCCAGCUGUCACCAACCCCGCGGCGUAUCUGGCAGCCGAGAAGUCCCGCCGAAUGCGUCGGAAAUCAAUCCUUCAUGUUAUGCGUAGCAGUGUCUCUGGAGCACGCGAUGAGUUGUCCGACCGUGAGAAACGACGUUCUUUGGCCGUCAGUGCAUCUCGGCUUGUUGACCCACCACGAAGGGCAGCGUCAAGAUCCGGGACGGGACCUACGAAUCACGUUUCAGCCAUCGGGAAUAGCACAAGAACAAGAUCUUCUAAGGAUUCCUCGAAAACCACCAAGAGACCUCCGUUUAGGUGA